AUGCCUUUGUGGAGGACUAAAUCGCAUCACAGCCAGGCGGAAAGCGAUUCCGCCAGCGCCACCGCCGCCGAUCCGAAGAACGAUCCCGUGGCGUCGGCUUCUCAGGCCGCGAGUGAUGCCUGGCUCGCGGGCCAUUUACACCACCUUACCGACGAGCAGGAGGGAAAGCUGAAGGAGUUCAAGGAGUUUUGUGAGAAGGAGGGAUACUAUAAGCCUGGUGGCGAGGGGGAGAAGCCGAGCCAUGAUGACGCGACGAUGCUGCGGUUCCUACGCGCGCGCAGAUUCGACGUGAAUGGGGCUUGGGGCCAGUUCAAGGAUACAGAGGACUGGCGGAAGGAGAACGCCAUCGAGGCGCUGUACGAGAACAUCGAGGUGGAAUCCUACGAUGCAGCCCGGAGAAUGUAUCCGCAAUGGACCGGCCGUCGAGACCGCCGCGGAAUCCCGGUAUAUGUGUUUGAAAUCAAGCACCUGAACAGCAAGAACAUGGCCGUGUAUAAUGCCACCAUGACCGAUCCCGAGGCGACGGCCGAGACACACAAGUCCUCUACGGUCCCUCAGCGCCUUCUUCGCUUGUUUGCGCUGUAUGAGAACCUGCUCAACUUCGUCAUGCCGCUGUGCUCGCAAUUACCUCGCCCAAACCCAGAGACGCCUAUUGUCACCUCGACGAAUAUUGUAGAUGUCAGCGGUGUUGGUCUGAAGCAGUUCUGGAACCUCAAGGGGCACAUGCAGGACGCUAGUGUACUUGCGACUGCUCAUUAUCCGGAAACUCUGGACCGCAUUUUCGUAGGUCAUUCCAGUCCCUACCCAAUAAGUUCAGUGCUAACUGGCUAG